AAAACCAGAAAUUAGGGAGAAAAUGGAAGACCGAACUGUUUUCCAUGCACAACCUCAAUAGUCCAACACCGUGUGCUCUUAAUCACCGAACCUCCAAUUACUCACUGCGCUAAAACUGACUUUUCUUUCUUCACUGUAUCUGCCACUAAAACUGACUUUUCUUUCUUCACUGUAUCUGCCAUACACUGUGCAUGCGUAUUACUUUGUAUGUUAAUUAUAUCUUGUUUUUGGGAUUUCUUGAGCCCGUCUGCUUCAUAGGCUCCCAACCACAUUCAAAACAACUCCUUUACCUUAGCGUGUGUCUCUGAGAAUUGAAAUAGAAUGACAUGCACUCAGAUUUAUUCCAAAUUACAUCUAAGAUAGCAAUACUUGCACGAUCGGGUCGAACCCAAUGCGCUCGCAAACUGUUCGACGAAAUGUCCCACAGAGACGCGGUCGCUUGGAACGCAAUGCUCACUGGCUAUUCUCAACUGGGUCUUCACCAAGAAUCGCUGUCGCUUUUCCGCCACAUGAGAAUCUCCAACACUAAACCCGACCAUUACUCGUUCACCGCAACUUUGAGUGCGUGUGCAGGCGCAAGUGAACUUACACACGGAGUUAAAAUCCAUGCUUUGGUUAUUGUUUCUGGGUUCCAAUCUUCGUUGCCGGUUUGUAAUUCGCUAAUUGACAUGUACGGGAAGUGUUUGCGUCCCUUCAGUGCUAGCAAAGUUUUUGAAGAUAUGCAAAGUAGGAAUGAAGUAACUUGGUGUUCGCUCUUGUUUGCGCAUACAAAUUCUUGUCAAUUUGACUCUGCGCAUGAAGUGUUCCACAUGAUUCCAAAAAAGGUGGAAAUUGCUUGGAAUAUUCUGAUUGCCAGUCAUGCUCGAUGCGGUGAAGUGGAAUUAUGUUUGAAUUUGUUUAAAGAGAUGCGUGAGAGUUUGUGUCAGCCAGAUCAGUGGACAUUAAGUGCCCUCAUGAAUGCAUGUUCUGAAUCAUCAGAAUUUUCGUAUGGAUGCUUGGUGCAUGGAAUUAUAAUUAAGACUGGUUGGAGCUCUGCAGUGGAGGCUAAGAACUCAGUAUUAAGCUUUUAUGCUAGACUAGGUUGCCCGGAUGAUGCUACGAAGGUGUUUGAGUCCUUUGGAACGCUCACUCAAGUGUCUUGGAAUGCUAUCAUUGAUGCCCAUAUGAGAGUAGGGGACACCCAGGAAUCCUUUCUUGCUUUUCAGCGAGCACCUGAGAAGAAUAUAGUUUCAUGGACAUCUAUGAUUGCAGGGUACGCAAGAAAUGGGAAUGGAGAUGAAGCUCUUUGCUUCUUUGUUGACAUGAUGAGAAAUUGCGUACAGCCUGAUGAUUUUGCUUUUGGGGCUGUCCUUCAUGCGUGUUCUAGCCUGGCAGUACUAGGGCAUGGUAAGAUGGUCCAUGGUUGCAUAAUUCACUUUGGUAUGAAUGCUGAUGUCUAUGUUGGCAAUGGUUUAAUUAACAUGUAUGCCAAGUGUGGUGAUGUAGAAGGUUCAAGCCGUGCAUUUAAUGAAAUUCCUAACAAGGAUGUGGUCUCUUGGAAUGCAAUGUUGUUUGGAUUUGGGUUACAUGGACGGGCUGGCCAGGCUCUAUGGCUUUAUGAACAAAUGGUAGCAUGUGGAGUAAAACCUGACAAAGUAACUUUCAUUGGCCUGUUGAUGACUUGUAGCCACUUGGGUCUUAUAGAGAAAGGUCGCUUCUUUUUUGAAUCUAUGGUUUCUGUUUAUGGGAUUUGCCCUGAAAUGGAUCAUGUAGCAUGCAUGGUGGAUAUGCUUGGCCGAGGUGGGUUCUUGGCAGAAGCAACAGAGUUGGCUGAUACGUAUUCAGUAACAGAUAAUGCAAAGGCCAGCUCGUCUGAGGCUCUGCUUGGAGCAUGUUCUGCACAUUGGAACGUAGGAGUGGGAGCACAUUUGGGGGAAACUUUAAAGAUUUUAGAACCUCAGAAAGAGAUAAGUUAUGUUUUGUUGUCAAAUUUGUAUUGUGCAAGUGGACAGUGGAAGGAAGCAGAGAUGAUUAGGAAGGCAAUGUUGGACCAAGGUGUGAAGAAAAUGCCUGGUUGUAGUUGGAUUGAAGUGAGAAACAAGGUGACCGCUUUUGUUGCUGGGAACCAUUCACAUCCAUACCUGGGAGAUAUCUGUAAAAUACUGCAUUUCCUUGAAUUUGAAAUGAGAAAUCCAUGUUUUAUUGGUUUUGAGAAAAGAAAAUUUGAGAUUACAUUUUUUAGGUGAUUUGACUUUUGAGACUAACUCAACCAAUCAUCUACUUUAUUUACUUAGCAAGGGACAAUUGAAAUAUUCAAUCUCA